CAAUCGAAGAAGAUAGGAGGGUCACCCCCUGUAAAACUCAUGUUUAGGAUUGUUCGGUCCUCCCAAGUGAAUGGUUUGACUUCUAUCGGAGAUAGGGCGAUCCAGAGUGCUAAUGCGGAAGAUGGAAAGGGUUUCAAAUCCAACCUGCACCACAUAAAGAUAGGAACCAUCUGGGGAGAAUCCUCCACCAGAGCAUCUGUCAUUAAAGAGACCCACGACCUUGUUUUCAGGGGCCACUUUGUAAUG